AUGGGGAAGGUACACGGAUCGCUAGCCCGUGCAGGGAAGGUGAGAGGUCAAACCCCGAAAGUGGCAAAGCAAGACAAGAAGAAGAAGCCUAGAGGCCGUGCUCACAAGCGCAUGCAGUACAAUCGCCGCUUUGUUACAGCUGUGAUUAAGGGUGGGGUAGGGAUUGAUGUAAUGCAAAUCGAAAUGGCUUCGAAUAAGAGAAAAGGCAGUGCAGCAUUACAUGAAGCUUUGCAUGCUUUUAUGCUGUUGUUGGUUUUGGAAAGAAGCGUGGACCAAACUCUUCAGAGAAGUAAGCAUGCACCUAAGGCGGAUUUUGCUAAUGCAGACUGGUCAAGUUUCAUGGAGAACUGUAUUUGGAUAUUUAGAUUUACUUUAGCAGUUGUCGUAUCUAGUAGCUCCAUUUUGUUUUAG